AUUCAUUAGCAGCAGAAAUAAAUACAUUCAGGUCAAUUCUCCAACUAAUAUCGUUGUUUCUUAAUGUUCUAUGUUGUGGUUUUGGGCUGCUUGUGUCGGGCUGCUUUUCAGAGUCUCGGUCGCUGCUUUUCCUCGUCAGACCUGGCAACCCUGGUUGUGUCACAGAUACUUUAGUCAAGUUUACCUUCACUUCCUCCUGGACGGGUUUCUGGGCGUGGAGCUCCGUGUGAAGGUUCCAGGUUCCAGGUUCCAGGUUCCAGGUUCUCCAAGACAUGAGUUCUGGAGAGUUCCUGCUGGGAACGUGACUCAGGACAAAGUACUCUGGAGGACAAAGUCUAAAACCACAGAGGCCUUGGUUUGGUGGGUGUGUCCGUUGCCAUGGCGACUCAUGAGAGUGAGCCUCACCUGAGUUCUGCUGCUGCUGAGACUCUGGAGGCUUUUGUUCUCAGCUGGACUGGAUUGCAGUGAUGAACGUCUGAAAGAAGAGGAGGAGAGAGGCUUGGAAGCAGAACUUGUUGUAGUCAGAGACCAGGAUGGUUGUUUGCACUCAGGAAGGAUGGGAGGAUCCAGAUGAAGGUAGAAGGUGUGUGUGAGCUGAUGUGAAUCCAGCAGCAUGGAUCAGUGUGAGGACAGAGAGGAGGGAGUCCUUCCCUCCAAAACCUCCCUGAGGGGAAAACCUGGGAGAGAAGAAGAGAGGAGACGACAUCGUCCUGGACGUGGACGUGGACGUGGACGUGGACGUGGACGUGGACCUGGACCUGGACCUGGACCUGGACCUGGACCUGGACCUGAACCUGGACCUGGACCUGGACCUGGACCUGAACCCAGCUGUGUGUCCUUGAAGAGUGAUGCAUCAAAGGAAUUCUAUUGGGAUUUUAAAGAUACCCGACGUUCUCCCUCAGUGAGGAGACAACCUGGACCUGGACCUGGACCUGGACCUGAACUUGGACCUGAACCUGAACCUGAACCCAGCUUUGUGUCCUUCAAGAGUGAUGCAUCAAAGGAGUGCAUUAUCCUAUUUAAAGAAGUGGACCAGCAGAUCUCAGAGUCCCCCAGUGGUCCGUCUGUCCAGCAGCAUCAGACCCAGCUGGACUCCGUCUUUCAGCUGCUGGAGGACGACAUCAUCAUGUUUGUGAAGGGCGAGCUGAAGAAGAUCCAGAAGGUUCUGAGUCCAGAUUACCCAGAAUCCUCAGAGAGUCUGGAGGAGGAUGAAGAUGAAGAGCAGAAGAGCAUCAGAGAGACACUCGUGAAGAUCACAGUGAAGUUCUUGAGGAGGAGGAAGCAGGAGAAGCUGGCUGACCUCCUGCAGAGCAAUACCGUUGCUGCCGUUUGUCAAUCCAAACUCAAAGUUCAGCUGCAGAAGAAGCACCAGCAUGUGUCUGAGGGGAUCACUAAAGCAGGAAAGACAACCCUUCUGGAGCAGAUCUACACGGAGCUCUACAUCACAGAGGGAGGGACCGGAGAGGUCAAUGAAGAACAUGAAGUCAGACAGAUUGAAGCAGCUUCCAGGAAACCAGACGGAGCAGAAACAGCCAUCAGACAGGAAGACAUCUUUAAACCCCCACCUGGAAGAGGAGGACCAAUCAGAACGGUGAUGACGAAGGGAGUGGCCGGCAUCGGGAAAACAGUCCUAACACAGAAGUUCAGUCUGGACUGGGCUGAAGGCAGAACCAACCAGGACAUCCAGUUCCUGCUUCCAUUCACCUUCAGACAGCUGAAUGUGCUGAGAGAGGAGAAGUUCAGCUUGGUGGAACUAGUUCAUCGAUUCUUCUCUGAAACCAGAGGAAUCUGCAGCUUUGAAGACUUUCAGGUCGUGUUCAUCUUUGAUGGUCUGGAUGAGUGUCGACUUCCUCUGGACUUCCACAACUCUACAAUCCUCAGUGACCCCAGAAGUUCCACCUCAGUGGACGUGCUGCUGACAAACCUCAUCAGGGGGAACCUGCUUCCUUCUGCUCGUCUCUGGAUCACUACACGACCCGCAGCAGCCAAUCAGAUCCCUCCUUACUGUAUUGACAUGGUGACAGAAGUCAGAGGGUUCACUGACCCACAGAAGGAGGAAUACUUCAGGAAGAGGUUCAGAGAAGAGGAGAAGACCAGCAGGAUCAUCUCCCACCUCAAGACAUCACGGAGCCUCCACAUCAUGUGCCACAUCCCAGUCUUCUGCUGGAUCACUGCUACGGUCCUGGAGAACGUCCUGGAAACCAGAGAGGGAGGGCGGCUGCCCAAGACCCUGACUGAGAUGUACAUCCACUUCCUGGUGGUCCAGGCCAAACUGAAGAAGGUCAAGUAUGACGGAGGAGCUGGGACGGAUCCACACUGGAGUCCAGAGAGCAGGGAGAUGGUGGAGUCUCUGGGAAAACUGGCUUUUGAGCAGCUGCAGAAAGGAAACCUGAUCUUCUAUGAACCAGACUUGAGAGAGUGUGGCAUCGAUGUCAGAGAUGCUUCAGUGUACUCAGGAGUUUUCACCCAGAUCUUUAGAGAAGAGAGCGGCCUGUACCAGGACCAGGUCUUCUGCUUCAUCCACCUGAGUGUUCAGGAGUUUCUGGCUGCUCUUCAUGUCCAUCAGACCUUCAUCAGCUCUGGAGUCAACCUGCUGGGAGAUCAACUAACAACUCACCCUUCUCCAAUCAGUUUCUAUCCGACACAUGUGGACUGGACCUUACAGAGUCCAAACGGACAUCAGACCUUCAUCAACUCUGGAGUCAACCUGCUGGGAGAUCAACAAACAAAUCACCGUUCUUCAACCGGUUUCUAUCAGACACCUGUGGACUGGACCUUACAGAGUCCAAACAGACAUUUGGACUUCAUCAACUCUGGAGUCAACCUGCUGGGAGAUCAACGAACAACUCACUGUUCUUCAACCGGUUUCUAUCAGACACCUGUGGACUGGACCUUACAGAGUCCAAACGGACAUCAGACCUUCAUCAACUCUGGAGUCAACCUGCUGGGAGAUCAACGAACAACUCACCGUUCUUCAACUGGUUUCUAUCAGACACCUGUGGACUGGACCUUACAGAGUCCAAACGGACAUCAGACCUUCAUCAACUCUGGAGUCAACCUGCUGGGAGAUCAACGAACAACUCACCGUUCUUCAACCGGUUUCUAUCAGACAGCUGUGGACUGGACCUUACAGAGUCCAAACGGACACCUGGACUUGUUCCUGCGCUUCCUCCUGGGUCUUUCAGUGGAGACCAAUCAGAACCUCCUAAGAGGUCUGAUGACAUCAAACCAAAGAAGUUCACAGAACAAUCAGGAAACUAUCAAAUUCAUCAAGGAUAAGAUUAGUGGGGAUCUGUCUGCAGAGAGAAGCAUCAACCUGUUCCACUGUCUGAAUGAACUGAACGAUCGGUCUCUGGUGGAGCAGGUCCAACAGUCCCUGAGGUCUGGACGUCUCUCCACAGAUGAACUGUCUCCUGCUCAGUGGUCGGCUCUGGCCUUCAUCUUACUGUCAUCAGAAGAAGAUCUGGAGGUUUUUGACCUGAAGAAGUUCUCAGCUUCAGAGGAGGCUCUACGGAGGCUGCUGCCGGUGGUCAAAGCCUCCAAGAAAGUUCUACUGAGUGCCUGUCACCUCUCAGAGGACAUCUGUCCACUUCUGUCCUCAGUUCUCAGCUCUCAGUCCUCCAGUCUGACAGAACUGGACCUGAGCAACAACGACCUGCAGGAUUCUGGACUGGAGCAGCUGUGUCCUGGACUGGAGAGUCCACACUGUCACCUGGAGUCUCUCAGGCUGUCAGGCUGUCUGAUCUCAGAGGAAGGAAGUUCUUCUCUGGUCUCAGCUCUGACCUCCAACCCCUCCCACCUGAGAGAGCUGGACCUGAGCUACAACCAUCCAGGAGAGUCAGCAGGGACGCUUCUGUCUAGACUGGAGGAUCCCCGCUGGAGACUGGACAUUCUCAGGGUGGAGCCUGCUGGACAACGAUUUCUGACACCAGGUCUGAGGAAGUAUUCCUGUCAACUCACCGUCGACACAAACACAGUCUACAAACGCAUCAAACUGUCUGAUGACAACAGGAAGAUGACGUAUUUGUUGGAGUAUCAGUCGUAUCCUGAUCAUCCAGACAGGUUUGAUUACUGGGAUCAGCUGCUGUGUAGAGAAGUUCUGACGGGUCGCUGUUACUGGGAGGUCCAGUGGAGCGGAGAGGUUUCUGUAUCAGUGAGUUACAGAAGAAUCAGCAGGAAAGGAGACUCUGAUGACUGUUGGUUUGGAAGAAACGAUCAUUCCUGGAGGCUGGACUGUUAUCCAGGUUAUCAGUACAGUGUCCUUCACAAUAACAGAGGAACAUCCACCACCUACUCAUCUCCAUCUUCAGACUCUAACAGAGCAGCAGUUUACGUGGACGUUCCUGCUGGAACUCUGUCCUUCUAUGAAGUCUCUGUCUCUGACAGACUGAUCCACCUCCACACCUUCAACACCAGCUUCUCUGAACCUCUCUCUGCUGGAUUUACACUCUACAGUUCUGGUUCUGGUUCCUCAGUGUCUCUGUGUCCAGUUUAGUCUCCAGAGUCUCCGCUCAGAGAAACUGUCUCUGUUGGAUCCUGGACUUGGACUCUGGUUCUAGUUCCUCAGUGUCUCCAUGAUGAUGAAGAUGAUGAUGAUGGUGAUGAUGAUGAUGAUGAUGAUGAUGAUGAUGAUGGUGAUGAUGAUGAUGAUGAUGAUGAUGAUGAUGAUGAUGAUGAUGAUGAUGAUGAUGAAGAAGAAGGAGAUAAUCACCAUUUAUCUUACAUUUUUUGAUUUAUUGUAUUUUUAUUUGAUCUUUUUCGCAUUUAAACAUUAAAUAAUUU